ACCACAGACGUCGUGAAAUUUGGCAACAGAGCACCGCCAGAAAAUCAACAAGCCAGGAGCGCGUCAAAUGUCAAAUACAUUUCGCAAACAAGUUUAAUAAAUCGAUUUAUAUAAACACUUCAUAAAUUAAAAUUUCUAUAUAACCAAAUUAAUAAAAAUGACGCAUCCCUUUACAAUAUCCACAGCGGACCAAUACAUGGUGCACGUCGAGGAGUUAGAAGACGAAAGCGAACAGCUCACGGCCGAAAACACCGACGACUCAAACCACGACGGGGGCGACAAAAGCGGGCAACCGUUGCGCGAACAAGACAGGUUUUUGCCAAUAGCGAAUGUGGCAAAAAUCAUGAAAAAAGCUAUCCCGGAAACGGGGAAGGUAAAUAACAAAAUUGCCAAAGAUGCAAGAGAGUGUGUGCAGGAAUGUGUUAGCGAGUUUAUUAGUUUUAUCACCAGCGAGGCUAGUGAUAGGUGUCACAUGGAAAAAAGGAAAACCAUCAAUGGGGAGGAUAUUUUGUUUGCCAUGAGCACUUUGGGCUUUGACAAUUAUGUGGAGCCACUCAAGGUUUACUUACAGAAGUACAGAGAAGCUGCUAAAAGUGACAAAAAUUUGGCUCCCAAUGGAGAAUUAUAUGAAGACAUGGGUGAUGAAGUGCCAUUUAAUAUUGACCAUUAAUUGUUUUAGACUCGGCAGUGGCCAGUAACAAUCAUGAAACGGGGGAAACUGUGAUCUACACAUAUCAGGACAAUAUUCAAUUUCAGUUAGGUUAAUUGCAAUUUUUUUUAAGUUUAGGUGUUAGUAUUUAUUUUGUACUGAUAUAGUUAAAGUAGUAUUGGUUUUAUAAUAGUAGAAUUUAAGUAUUAUUUUUAUAAUCCAUUAAUAAAUCGUUUUAUUUUA